CUCACAGCUGCCGACACCCUCCAAGGCCGUGCGACCUUGCCCCGGCAGACCUCCGCUUGCCCCUCUGUCUCCUGGCCACUCCCUCUGGGGCCUUCCUUCUUUCCAUGGCAAGCAAGUCCAGUUCAGGGGGUUUAAAAAGCCAGAAACCGAAUCUGUUAGCUUAUUAUCUGGAGAGGGAUCACUGCUCCCCGCCUCCCCCAGCCUUCUGUAAGCACUGUCCCCCAUGCAUGGAAGCAAGUAUGGAAGCCUGGAACUGUCCGGACAGAGGCCCCAGCGGCAGCUGGCCCUGCUGCCAUGCCCUUGGUCAUGUGCUGCCCUGGCCCUCCCCUCAUUCAGUCCUGGUGCUCCUGCCCGCCUAGAUCCAGGGACUGUGCCCCUCCCUUGACGAUCUGGGGUGGCCAGAGUGGGGCUGCCUGUGCUCUGUGGAGCUGUACCUUAGUGUCCUGGCAGCCCCAUGUGGUCAGCUUGUGUGGCCAUGUCCCCUCCCCUGGACCACCCGUGUCUGCACUGGGGUGAAAGAGGUUGGGGUGUGAUCACUUCUAGUCAGACUGUCCUCCGGGCCCCAAGCCACAGGGAAUGGAUCCCCUGGAUCCUGAGGACCCUGACUACCCUCAGAGCUUAGGUUUCCCGUGGGGCUUGGAGUGCAGGACCCGAUAAAAGCCGUCACUGAGGAACACUGGCCCUUCAGAGCCACAGAAGGCCUUUUGGUGCCAUCUGGCUGGGCAUGCACCCCGUGUCAUGCCAGCCUUUCCUGGGUGCCAGGCCCUUUCCAAACGACGUUCGUGCCCAUCUGGGCUCCCUUGUCGCAGCCUGGCUGCUCAAGCUCCAGCUGGGGCAGCCUCUGGCCUCCGCUCCCCAGGCCCAGGGCACAGGCUGGCCGGCGGCCAACUGCCGUCCUCUGGGUCGCUGCGGGUGCAGCCUGGCUGGCCUGUCCACCGUUUCCGCCCCCUGGAAAGCUGCAUCUCGUUACCCGGCCAAGGGGUGGAGCCCCGGGCCACAGGGAGCACCUCCAGUGACCGGACCGCGCUCCAAAGAGGCCGUUGGGCCUGGAGUGGGGUUGGGGGUCCGAGAGGAGUUGGGUGACAUCCCCACUCCAUCCCGGGUCCAGCUGUUGGGGUCGCUUUCAGCGCGCCGAGACCAUCACACCCAUCCCGUCCUCUGGCGCGUCCCGUGCUGCGCCCAAACCUUACGAUAAGCCCCGCCGGGAGCGCGCCAUAGGCUGGGGCGCGUCACGGGGCCCAGGCCGGGGCGGGCCGGGGCGGGCCGGGGCGGGUCGGAGUCCAGACGUCGGGAGCGGGAUGGCGGCGGAGCAGGACCCCGAGGGGCGCGCGGCAGCGCGGCCGCUGCUCACAGACCUCUACCAAGCCACGAUGGCGCUGGGCUAUUGGCGCGCGGGCCGGGCGCGGGACGCCGCCGAGUUCGAGCUCUUCUUCCGCCGCUGCCCGUUCGGCGGCGCCUUCGCCUUGGCCGCCGGCUUGCGCGACUGUGUGCGCUUCCUGCGCGCCUUCCGCCUGCGGGACGCCGACGUGCAGUUCCUGGCCUCGGUGCUGCCCCCAGACACGGACCCCGCGUUUUUCGAGCACCUUCGGGCCCUCGACUGCUCCGAGGUGACGGUGCGGGCCCUGCCCGAGGGCUCCCUCGCCUUCCCAGGCGUGCCGCUGCUGCAGGUGUCCGGGCCGCUCCUGGUGGUGCAGCUGCUGGAGACGCCGCUGCUCUGCCUGGUCAGCUACGCCAGCCUGGUGGCCACCAACGCUGCGCGGCUUCGCUUGAUCGCAGGGCCAGAGAAGCGGCUGCUAGAGAUGGGCCUGCGGAGGGCUCAGGGCCCGGACGGGGGCCUGACGGCCUCCACCUACAGCUACCUGGGCGGCUUUGACAGUAGCAGCAACGUGCUAGCGGGCCAGCUCCGAGGUGUGCCGGUGGCCGGGACCCUGGCCCACUCCUUCGUCACUUCCUUUUCAGGCAGUGAGCUGCCCCCUGACCCGAUGUUGGUGCCAGCGGCUGGGGAGGGCCCUGGGGUGGACCUGGCGGCCAAAGCCCAGGUGUGGCUGGAGCGCGUGUGUGCCCACCUGGGGCUGGGGGUGCAGGAGCCACACCCAGGUGAGCGGGCAGCCUUUGUGGCCUAUGCCCUGGCCUUUCCCCGGGCCUUCCAGGGCCUCCUGGACUCCUACAGCGUGCGGAGGAGUGGUCUCCCCAACUUCCUGGCAGUCUCGCUGGCCCUGGGAGAGCUGGGCUACCGGGCAGUGGGCGUGAGGCUGGACAGCGGUGACCUGCUGCAGCAGGCCCAGGAGAUCCGCCAGGUCUUCCGAACCAUUGCUGCCCAGUUCCAGGUGCCCUGGCUGGAAUCAGUCUCCAUCGCGGUCAGCAACAACAUUGAUGAGGAGGCGCUGAUGCAACUGGCCCAGGAGGGCAGCGAGGUGAACGUCAUUGGCAUUGGCACCAGUGUGGUCACAUGCCCCCAACAGCCUUCCCUGGGCUGCGUCUAUAAGCUGGUGGCCGUGGGGGGCCAGCCACGAAUGAAGCUGACGGAGGACCCUGAGAAGCAGACGUUGCCUGGGAGCAAGGCAGCUUUCCGGCUCCUGGGCUCUGACGCUGUGUGAGCCACUCCCAUCCCUGGCAGAGUCUAGAGCCUUGGCCCAGCUGUCCCUGAGCCAACUCAGCCCGGCGCACAAGCGGCUGCAGAGCC